AUGCUGGACGACUGGUUCGAAAAGGUCCACGCCCUCGCGCCCGUCCUGCACCGGCGGCGGUUCAUGCACCGGCUGACGACGGGCGAGGCCAACUCGGACCGCACCUUUUGCGCGCUGGUCGUCAGCGUCUGCGCCGCGACGGUGGCGACGCUGCGCCGGACCGACUACGGCCCCGUCACCGUCGAGGGGUGCCUGGACUUCAUCGAGGAGCACCACCUGCUCGACCACGGGCUGAGGAAGCCGUGCUACUCGCUGGACUGGUGCAUCGCCAUGUACAACAUCGGCACGUCGGCCAGCUCGAUGAACGAGAACGGGCUCGGGGACAUGGGCUCGUUCCACGGCAUGUCUGAGGCGGCCGCCGGCGCGAGGUACCUGGCCUACUACCGCAUGGCGGACCUGGAUAUGUCGGAGCAGCAGCUGUUGAAGCGUCUGUUUUGGCUGAUCUUUGCGGCGUACUGUAGUGCGGAUAUUUUCGGCAGGCUGUCCGUCAGCAUCGUCUCUCACCAGGAGAACCGGGCCCAUCUACGCCCGUUGCCGCUGACCGACUCCCAGCUGGACACGGGGCCGCAGCUCUCGGCGGCGGAACUGCCCCCGUGGCACGGCGACACGACGUCGUACGUGCCCGGGCUCAACCAGCUCAGCGACCUCUUCCUGACGUGGCACGAGGCGCAGACGGCGCCCGUCAGCCUCUACGGCGGGCAGGAGGGGGCGCUCAAGCACUUCCUGGGGCGCAUCCAGGCCAUCAUCGACAACUUCCCACCGGAGCUGCGGUGGCGGGGCGGGCUCUCGCGGCCGGCGCACGUGACGGAGGGCCACGACACGCAGAUCGCCAACCUCUUCGUGACGAGCCUCAACAUCCGGUCGAACCUGCUGCAGAAGUUCGGGUCGGGGGCCGAGACGCGGGCGGCGGAGCACCAGCGCAUCGUGGACGACCUGCUCGAGAUCCUGUACCACAUGCCGCAGCACGUGCUGGAGCAGAACGGCAACAGCCUGAUCCCGAAGCUGAGGGACUGCGGGGCGGCCUACAUGGAGCAGAUGAACAUGAGAGAGGAUGGUAGUGGUGUUGGUGGUGUUGGCGGUGAUGGAAGUGGUGGCGGCGGCGGCGGCGGCGAGGCGCUGGUGAGCGAGAGCGCGAGGCUCAAGCUGGAGAAGCUACUGAGGAAGCUGGACGAUAUCGACUGCUGGCCGGGACUCCCCGGGAUCGAAAGUCCGCAGAGCAACAGGCAGUGA